CUCCCGGGGGCGCCGAGGCUGGGCGCCCCGCCGCCAACAAUAUGGCCCCCAUUGUUGCGUUACCGGACGAUUCCGCAUUCCGCCACUUGUCCCGCCCAUCGCGGCAGGGGUUUUUAGAUUUUUAUUGUCAUGCUGUUUUGUUUCGGGUUUUAGUUCUAAGAGAGUGCAGCGGGCCACCAGCGCGGCGCGCAUCGGGUGGGAGUCGCACGGGCGGAGGGCUGUCCGACGAGACCUCAGUCAACAGCAAGACCUCGGCCUCGGCCAGCAUGAAGUACUUCAAGGCCAAGAGCAGCGACGCGCGCGACGCGGCCAGCAAGAGCAAGCGGAAGGCCGGGCAGGAGGCCGCGGCCGCGCAGGGCGACGACGACCAGCCCCAGUGCAGUGCCCCAGGCACGGCGGCGAGCGCCAAGUGGCAGCAGGACAAGGCCAAGGACCCCUACCGCCGCCAGAGGAUCCCCUUGUGGAAGCGGGGCAAGGCCCCCGCCGCCACCGCCACGACAAAGGAAGACAAGCCGUCCAGGAGGCAGGACGCCGAGCAGGGGAAUGCGGCGACCGAGGCCGCGGAGGCCGUCGAAGAGGUGGUGUCCGUCAACGCGGAGCAGCAGACCUCGGACACCGAGCUGAACCUGGACGAGCCGCUCGAGGAGUACACCGUCAAGUACACGCCGUCCGAUGAGGCCACGGCCUCCACCUCUGGCCUGUCAGUCAGGCCACCCAUAGCAGAGGAAGAGGAUGACGACAGCGACACGGACGACUCGGCCUCGGCCUCCGCCACGGCGUCAGGCAUAGCACCUUCCAUGGCGACGCCGUCACUCUCAAUACCGGACAGCGAAGCCUCGGCGAGGCUCUCGGGCGAGCUGUCGGCGCUCACCAGCUUGAUGGGGAUGUCGUCGGGGACGGCCCUGGGGGCGGGGACCGCGGGGACGUCCAAGGCGGCGCCCAAUGCGGACAGCAACGCGGCCGCAGAGGACGACGGGGAGGGCGUGCGCGCUUGGCAGCGGGGCAUCCUGGGGAGGCUGACCAGGGCCAGGCAGCGCAGGGACAUCCGGUUAAACAGGAAGGAGGUGCUGAGCAUGCAAGUGGUCUUGGAGGCCGUGCUCAAGCAGUACAUGGCCCUUAGCAGGGAGAUCGAAUCCGUGAAGGCGAACCUACAGUGGGAGUCGGUGGAGCCGGUGUCGCUGAGCAGGGCGCUGUCGCGGCUGCAGACGGAGCGCCGCGAAGAGUCAGCCGCCCUGGCCAAGAUGCUGGCCUGCAAGGACAAGGAGGUGCACAGCCUGCAGGCGAACGUGGGCAACCUGCGCGCCGCCACCAACACCCUGCAGCAGCAGGUGUCCAUUCUGGAGCAGAGCUGUCGCGAGAAGGACGUCGACCUGAAGAAGGCCGCCAACGCCCUGGCCCAGCUGUACGCCACGCACAAGGCGACCAUCCACGAGCAGCAGAGGCGGCACGACGAGGCCAUGGCCGAGGCCGUCAAGGCCAAGGACGCACUGCAGCGCCAGGUGGAGGCGCAGUGCGUGGCGCACGCCGCGGCUCUGGCCGAGGCCAACGCGCGCCAGCAGGCCGAGACCGCCGCUCACCAGCAGGCCGUCGACGCGCUGCUCGCCACGAAGCAGCUUGAGCACGAGGAGUGCCUGGCCGAGCUGCGCGCCGAGCUGAGCACGGUGCGGACGGACGCCGCGGCCUCCGAGUCGCGCUACGAGAUGGAGAGCAUGCGGCUGAGCCGCGCGCUCACCGAGAAGGAGGCGCACCUGGGGCGCCUGCUGGCCACCGUGGAACAGCUCAACUCCACGCACGACGGCGAGCUCAAGGCGCUGCGGGCCGAGCUCCGCGACCACGAGCGCGCCCUCCGCGCCGCGCGGACCGAUGCGCAGACCCGCGGCGACGCCCUCGCGGCCCGUGACGCGGAGCUGGUCGCCUUGCGCGCCGAACAGGAGACCGUCAUGGUGAUGGUCAGCAAGGCACUCAGCCUGCGCGACAACGACUCACAGCACCUGCGCGACGCCAUGGAGUCCAUGCGCAAGGAUUACGAGCGCCAGCAGCAGUCGCUGCGCAACGCCACGGAUAUCCUGCAGUCGCAGAGGGACGUCGAGGCGCUGUCCUACUCGCAGACCAUCAACGAGAAGGACCUCCGCAUCAGCGACCUGAUGAUCGAACUGCAAAACAACAGCGCGGCGCUGCAGGACGCGCAACACCGCCUGCAGCUGGCCCUGGAGGGGCAGCAACGCGCCGACGAGGCCCACGCCGUGCUGCUCAAGACGGUCGAGGCCAUGAACGGCCAGCAGGAGGACCUGACGCACCGGCUGAACGUCGCGUACAGCCAGAUGCACGCCCUCGACGCGGAGCGGGCCGACUUGAUGGCGACGCACCAGGCCGAGAUGGCCCGCAUGCACGGCGUCCUGGCCGAGCACCAGCAGAACACCAACCUGGAGAUCGAGCGCCUGCGCAGGGACCUGCAGCAGGGCGGCACCGAGGCGGACGGCCUCCGUCGGGCACUCAAGGACCUGCAGCAGAGCAGCGGCGCGCAGAUCGCCAACCUGCAGAAGGCGCUGAAGGACUCCCACAAGGGCGGCGCCGAGGCCGACAGCCUCCGCAAGGCGCUGGACGAGCAGCGGCACGCGAGCGCGGCCGCGGCGGACGAGCUGCGCAGGGAGAUGCAGACCCUCCACGACGGCCACCUGGCGGAGCUGCAGCGCCUGCAGGCGGCCCUGGACGACGCGCGGCGCAAGCACAAGGCGGACGGCGACCACUUCCGCGGGGCCCUGCACGAGAAGGACGUCCAGAUCCGCGACCUGACGGACCGCUUCGUCAACUACCGGCGGCAGGAGGAGGAGGCGCGGUGCGAGCUGGAGGCCCGCAACGAGGGGCUGCUGGCCGAGGCGCAGGCCCACGAGAAAGAAAUCGCUGUUUUAAAAAACUCCGUCAGCCAAAUGAGGAACUCGCACCGGGAGCGCAAGGCCGAGCUGGACAAGAAGGCCGCCGAGGCGACCGAGCUCCACAAUGCGCUGCUGAAGCACAAGCAGGUCGUGGAGGAGGCGCGCGCCGAGUGUCGGGAGCUGCAGGAGCGCGGCCGCCAAGCCGACAGGGCGCGCGCGCAGCACGAGGCGGAGCUCGCGAAGCUGAAGCAGGCCGUGGAGGAGAAGGACGAGCAGAUUAACGACAUGGUCAGGGAGCGUGCGCUGCUGCAGACGGAGAGGGACAGCCUUCGCGCCGACACGGACCACUACACCAAGCAGAGGGAGAACUUCCAGGUCGUGCUGGAGGAGAAGGAGCGGGAGGUGCGGGCACUGCGCGACAAGCUGGCCCGCCUGCAGGCGCGCGUCGACAGCGACCGCGCCGAGCUGGUCAAGGGGGCCGCGGACGCCGCCGAGGAGUCGGAGCGCCUGCGUGCGGAGCGGGACGCGGCCGUGGAGCAGCGGGAGGCGCUGGUCGCCAAGUUCUCCAAGCUGUUCAAGGUGGUGCGGCGGUCCUUCGACCGGCGGACGUCUGAGCGCGCGGCGCUCGAACAGUCGCUCGCGGAGUCGCGCGCCGCCGCGGCCGUGGCGCAGGACAAGCUGGACAGUGCACUGCAGAGCCACCAAGCCGAGAAGGACAAGGUGAUGAAGAUGAUGCUGGGCAAGGACAACGACAUGAAGCAGCUUCGCGAGAACCUGCACCAGUACGAGGACCACCUGCGCAGCACCAAGGAGGAGAUGGACGCCACGGUCGCGGUGCUGAAGCGCAAGCUCCAGCGCCGCGACGCCGAGCUGCAGCGCCGGGACGUGGAACUGCAGCGUCGCGACGCCGACCUCCAGCGCCUGGAGGCAGAGGCCCAACAGCUGCAGCAGGCCCAGCAAGCGGCACUGGAGCGCGCCGCGGCGCUGGAGAGCGUCGUGCAGGACGGCCAGAAGCGCAUCGGCGAGCUGGAGCUGGAACUCGACCUGGGCCGCACCGUGCUCAAGAAGAACACGGAGGACUGCCGCGUCCGCGUGGAGAAGCUGCAGCAGCAAGUGGAGAACGUGCGCCAGGAGCGCAACGCCGAGAUGACGCUCCUCAAGGACUCCAUGAUGCGCCUGGAGGACGAGCUGAUCACGCGCGACCGACAGAUGGAGCUCGCCAAGGCCGAGAACGGCCGCCAGAUGGCGCUGCUGCAGCGCGCGCUCAGCGACCGCCAGGACGACACGGAGAGGCUCACGGACACGGUGGAGCGGCUGCAACGCGAGAACGACGCCCUGCACGCCAAGGAGGAGGAACUCCGGCGGGCCAUGGAGUACCUCAAGGACGAGAACGUCGAGGACGCCAUACGGGAAAAGGACUCCAGGAUCGCUGCACUGGAAGAAGAGCACCGCCGCAUGGCCGAGGCCCUGCAGGAGGCCGUGCGCCGGGACGGCGAGGCGCAGCGCCUCAUGGCAGAGGCCCUGCAGCAGGCGGCGCGCGAUAGGGAGCAGCAGAUCGCGACGCUGCAGGACGCGGCGCGCCGCAAAGACCAGCAGAUCGUCGACUUGGAGGAGGCCGUGAACGCCCUCAAGGCCGGCCUCGACCUGGACGUGUUGAAGCUCAAGGACAUGCUGAGCGACUGUGAGAACGAGAAGCUGCAGUUGUCCGCCAGGGCGUCCAUGCUGGAGGCCCAGCUGGAGGACCAGGUGUCGCUCAUGGCGCGCCAGAUCGCGGAUCGCGACGACGAGAUCCGCGCGCUGACCGACGCCAAGGCGGGCUUCGAGAAGGCCAACAGCGACCUGGCCGAGGAGAACGUGCAGCUGCUCAACGUGAUGCACCGCAUGCAGAAGGAGCGGCAGGACGAGAUGCAGCACACCGUGAGGACGACGCACAGCGCGCUGCGGGCCAACGAGGGGCGCUUGGACCGGCUGCGCGACGAGGCCGCCGAGGCAGAGGCCCUGAGGAAGCGCGCCGAGCUGGCGGAGGCCGAGCUGCAGAGGCUGCGCGACGAGGUCCAGCGGGUGGAUUUUUUGGAAAAGCAGCGCGCCGCCGACCGCCAAAAAGAAGCCGAUGAGGCCGCCGUGGCCAAGGCCGCGUCCGAGGCCGCGGAGCGUGACAACGCCAAGAAGGAGGCCGAGCUUAAGGUGCUGAAUCUCACCGCCGAAGCUCUGAAGCAGGAGCUGCGCGCGCUCCAGGCCCGCAGCGAGGAGGGCGAUGGGGCAUCCCUUGAGAAACAGCUGCGCUCCAGAGAGAUGGAGGUCGACAAGCUGAAGCAGACGGUGGAGGCUCUGCGUACUGACCUCACCAUUCAGAAGCAGCUGCUGCUCACAUUCCACGAGGGCCGAGCCUACUUGGGGGCGCCGUCGGAGCACGACGCCCUGUCCAGGACCGCCCGGGUCCUCCGCGACCUCCACAACACCGCCGAGCUGACCGCCCUGCCCCAGGACGGCGACCACCGUUCCGCCGUCCGACCCUACCCGCACCGCCGGCCAAUGUUCGAGCUCAAGAGGACGGCCUCCGAGGGCGACCACUUGGACAUAGACGAGAUGUGCGGCCUGAACUUGCUGAGCGGAGUGACCACGCCGUCGUCCAUCACCGUCAGCUCCAGGACCAUGUCGCAACUGUCCACCACGUCCAACAGCCGGCCGCCACCACCGCCGGCGAGCACCUUGAUGCUGUGAAAGCUCCGCCUUGACUUGUGUUUUGUGUGUCCGUUGUACCUGUGUUAGUGUCCUAGACCCUGUCCUUGUCCAUGUGCUGUGUGUACGACUUGUAUGUUUAAAUCGCCCCUCCCCUUUGUUUGUACUUACCGCCCCUUGUACGAGAGCUGCAGCAACCGAAAUAAAAC